AUGGAUAAAUACGUGACUAAGUUGUACAUUGGACAACCAAGUUCUAGUAGCCGUCCAUCCCUUAAUUCACAUAUAGCUCCGGAAAUUCAAAGAGAGACAAUUUCACCCCCUUCUUCAAAUGUUGAUUGUAGUCUUGAGUUGGGCUCUCUUGAACGUGAUCCUAAAGAAAGAAGACCCAUUUUUCAGUUUAGUCCUAAUAUUCGAGAUAAAGUGAGGAGAUAUUAUAUUAAGAUGGGGCCUUAUCAACCGGAACUGAAACUAUUUCCUAAAACUAAGUUUGGGGACAAGAUGCGUCAAUUUAAUCCUGAUUGGUAUAAGCCUCUAUAUUCUGGUUGGUUGGAAUAUAGCAUAAAAGAUGCUGCUGCAUUUUGUUUGUGUUGUUAUUUGUUCAAGAAUGAAUUUGAAAGUCGUGGUAAUGUGGGGAGAGCAUUUGCAGACGAUGGUUUUAGGAGUUGGAACCAUGGUCCGGCGAGACUUAAAUCACAUGUUGGUGAAGUAAAUAGUACUCAUAAUAAAUGUUUCAAUAGGAUGCUAGAUUUGAAAAAUCAACGUCAAUCAAUUCGAGCUUCUUUUUCCAAACUCAAUGAGAAAGACGAGUGA